UAAAGAGCGAGCUACUAAAACCCGACGCACCUAAUGACCUGUUUUAGGUAAUUACCUUCUACCUGUCUGAUGUUCGACAUGCUUUUAGAGAGAAGAAGAGAUUUUCAGUGUUCUUUUUUUAAUUUACUGAAAGUGUUAAGUAGAAUAGGCAUUUCGGAGGCAACAUGAAUUAUUAAUUCUCUCAGAGUUUAUUGGAAUUUCAAAGUUACCGUGGUCGAAAUACCUGACUCGUUAUUUGAUAAACAUCAACAAAAUAUUUGACAUUUUUGUUUUUGUGGUAAUCAUGGCGGAUUUAUUUCUUUGUCUUUUUACAACGAUGCUUUUAGUGAGGACGAGCGUGGCAUCGUCUGCUUAUUAUGUGGACAAUGGAAUCGGACAGACGGAAAAAAUGCAUGAAAUGAACUCGAGGGACAAACGUGAACUCCAACAUGAAAUUCUUACAUUACUUGGUCUACACCAAAGACCGAAGCCGAAAUCUAGCACCACUAAGGACUCCGCUCCAACGUUCAUGCUGAGUUUGUACAAUUCUAUUACUUCAGAUAAUGGUGUUGUGAAGGAUGACAGCACAUUUCACACCAGCCAUAAUGUUACAGUAGGCGACAGCGUGGUACAACCCAUUGAAGGAACAGACAUCAUCAUCAGUUUUGUAAAUAAGGCUAAAAAAGUUCCACAUCUAAGACAUGAAAAGGACAGGACGUUUUUCUUUGACUUUAGUGAUGUCACGGCCAAGGAAACUGUGGUCGGAGCAGAGCUGCGGUUAUACAAGGAAAAAUCCAAGAAAUGGAAGAAGAACCAUGAAUUCCAAAUCCAGGUCUUUAUGCUUAGGCAGGGAAAAGACCCUGAAGACAAGAUACUGGAUCCCUUAUCAAAUAUCACGGUUAAUGCUAAUACAGAAGGGUGGAUCACCUUUAAUAUGACACGGGCAGCGGAACUGUGGACCAGACAGCCAGAGGCUAACCUGGGCCUUUUCAUCAAAGUCUUGUUUGUCAGUAAAGGCAGAGAGAUUAACCCCAACAAACUUGGGAUCGUGAGUUACAGAGGAUCAGAAGACAAGAAGCCCUUCAUGGUGGGAUUUUUCUCCUCACAAGAACUGGUGUACCCCCAGAGAACCCAGACAGCCCUGAGGCGGAGGCGAGAGCUAUACUCCUACAGGGAGGAGCAAGAGAAAUACACCGACUACAACCUCUCACGUCACAAGCGAGGGGCAUCAGGCGGAGGAAGAUGGCCGUGUCAACGACGUUCCUUGUAUGUCAAAUUCCGAGACCUUGGGUGGCAGAGUUGGAUUAUUGCCCCUGAUGGAUACCAUGCCUUCUUUUGUGAAGGAGAAUGCUCUUUUCCCAUUGGAAAUCAUGUCAAUGCUACCAACCAUGCCAUAGUCCAGACACUGGUCCAUAUGUACACCCCUUUCAAGGCCCCCAGCCCCGGCUGUGCCCCAUCCAAACUAAGUGCCCAGUCGGUACUGUAUUUUGAUGAUGAUGGAAAUGUUGUGCUGAAGAAAUUCCCAAAGAUGAUUGUUACCUCUUGUGGGUGCCACUGAGAAGCCUGCUAACUAGAUAUAAACUAGAUACACAGCAGGGCACUGUUAUAUGAACACAAUAUUUUAACCCCAUUCAAAAAUUUUAGGGGUACACAAAAAAAAAUCACCAUUCACUCUUUAGUCCACCUGUCUUUUGCAUUAUUUGUUUUUCAUGGUGCACUGUGCCGUACCAUGGAAAUAAUCUAAUGACAAGGCAAUAUGAAGUUCUGGUUGACCUUGGCCAAAUUUUAAGGUUAGGUCGUGGUGGAUGUUUGUAAAAGUUUUUGUGUUGUAUUUUUUCUAUGCUAGUUUAUGCUGUGCUAAAAGUUUGCACUUUUUGGUAUGUUUUGCCUUUGGUUGACAAAUGUUAUUAACCAAGGGAAAUCAAUAAUGAAAUUAUUGGAACUGAGUGAAAUUCAGCACAUGGAUAUUGAAGGUUGUAUUGAUUUAUUUUGUUAAAGCCAAAGAAUCUCAUUUAUACAUGAACCCUGAAUGCCUCAUUAUAGACACAUUUAUACAUUGCAGCACUAGAGUGCCUUGCUUUUGAGCCAGUUUGGGGGUUUGACUAUUGCUGUAAACUUAUCCAAAAAUUGUGAGUGCCUUGUUGUAAAAUGACCACAUGUAGAAAAUGUAGCCCAAGCCAUACUGCUGCAAGCUUUACUAAGGCAUAUACAGUGUAUAUACACCAAAAGAGCUGAUUUUAACAUUGCUUUCAAAAGUUUAAAAUACCGUAAGCAUUUUUGUUCCUCUAGUGGCAAAUAGCUGCAAUACACGAGUCUUCCUUUUUCAAAUAUUCUCUUUUUUACUAAUAUUUUUAGUGGUAGAGAAAAUCUGUAAUACAAAUACCGGUAGUUAUUUUUAAAAAAAAAAAUAAAAGUUAUACAUAUGACAGAAACAAAAUUUUUUUCCUCUCUAAAUUGCAAUUUUUUAAAGUUUUGAUAUUGAUAGAAAGAAGAAAUAUAGGAUACUCUAUGUGAAUAAGAUAUAUGAAAUAGUAGUAUUUUUAAAUAAGUAAAAUGUUAGAGUCUGAGGUAAUGUAUGCUUAGAGAUGUCUGAAUAUUUAGAUACUGAAAUAGGAAAUAAGUAUUAAAAGUACUUGUUCUGUAGACAAAUACGGCACCACUUAAUUUAGUCACAAACUAAAGUUACAUGAUGUUGUUGCAGAAAAAGCCUAUAUCAUAUCAUACAAAAAUAACUUUAUACACUUUUGGGCAAAGAACAUUUACCUGGUAAUAGUUUGUUCAAUGAUGGCUGAUGUUAUCUUCAGUUUGCAAUCAUCAUAUUCAUCUCUUUAUUAUUUGGAUGAAGACAUUGUGUCCCAUUUGGACGAUAUGUACAUGUAUUUAUAAAUUAUGUAAACAUUUAGAUUAAGAUUGACUCAUUUAUCAUACAAAAAAGUCUCAGAAGUUUUUAAAAUUAUUUUCCUUUUUUCGAGACAAUACAGACUGCUAAGUUCUAUUAAUUUGGGAUCCAAUUAAUUAUAACACUUGGCAAACGAGUUUAAACACCGAGAUGACAGUUUGCAGGCUGUUAUACCGAUGCCAUUGUAGUUUUUAAACAAAUUGCAAAAAAUUAUAAGUGACAUUUCUCGUCAGAAUGAUAAUGCUACAACUGUCCACCUACCAUAAAUCACCCCCCCCCCCCCCUCUGUCAGGAUAAAAUUGAUGCGCAUAAUGUCUCUCGGAAUUCUUUGGAAAAUAAAGAGCCCCAAAAACAAGAGAGAAAAAGUUGUGUAUAUUAUUUUACUCACCCAGGGCUCAUUAAAUUUAGCUGAAUGGUAAACUCUUUUUAUAGGUUUUUUUUAUAUAUAAAUUCUCCUGAAAUUAAAUGGUUUACAUAGUUCUUUGAUUUACAGAGAGAGUUUUAGUAUGGUGUACACAUUCUUAUGUUUACAUUGAAUUUCACUUAUUAGGGUCUAUUUUUGAUCCUAAAUACAUCAGUACAUAUACUUGUCUAUAUUGUAGAUUUUCCCCCAAUGAAUUGUGAUAGAUCUAUUGAUUUUUUUUUUCUCAUAUCAGAGAUCUGAAUUUGUAAUGUUUACUGUACAAUGUAAUUUACACUUAAUAGAUAUAUGUAUAAAUGUUGAUCCUGCAAUAAAAUAUUUGUCUGAUAAAA